AUGGCCGCCAACGACGAGUUCCGGCCCACCGACGAGGCGUCGGUCGCCCUCCUGCGCGGCCUCCGUGCCAAAACCGUCAACCGCAGCUUCAUCCACCGCGCCGACGUGUGCUCCGCCGCCCCCGAGGAGCUGGUCGCCGAUCUACAGCCGGUGCCAGGCACCGAUGUGACGGAGGACGGGUACAACAGCGUUUGGUACAUCUACUGCCCAAAGCGAUACAAGAACACCCGGGGCAAGGCCAGCGGGCACAGGCAGCGCGCAGUGGAACCCGACGGCAGCAAGAUGUGCUGGCACUCGGAGGCUGGCCCGAAGCCCGUGCCAGGCGUGCCGGCCGGCGCCACGUUCUGCAACUUUUCCUACGGCCGCAAGGAGAAGGAGGGGGCGUCGGGUCGGCAGCGCUUGGACAGGAUGGGAUGGUGCAUGACUGAGUUCGACGACACGCAGGGCGGCGGCGGCGACCACGUGCUGUGCAGGGUGCACCGCUCGUCCUCGUCUCUCGCCAAAAGGAAGUUCAAGUCGUCGUCGUCGUCGUCCAAGAGGAAGGCGGCAGGCGAUCACCCCGAGGCGCCACCAACCAAGCUGAUCCACGACGAGCAGGUGCAGAUGCAGAUGCAAGUGCAGCAGAGCCCCGCCACGUUCUUCGCCAAUGCUUACCCGACGAUGCCCUGCUAUGGUUAUGGACCUCCCCAAGGCGUGGAUCCCGUGACGAUGGUCGGAUGCGAGGAUGAGCGUGGUGUGCAGCAGCCACUCGUUGAGCCGGAGUACGGCGGCGAGUUCAACUUACAUGAGUUGAUCAACAUGGACGAGCAGGUGCAGAUGAUGGUGCAGCAGGACCCCGCCGCCUUCACCGAUGCUUACCCGAUGAUGCCCGCCUGCUAUGGUCAUGGUGGUCCCCAAGGCGUGGACCCCAUGAUGUUCGGAGACGUUAAUCGGGAGCACGGCGGCGACUUGGGCGUGUUCAACUUCCAAGAUUUGCUCAAGAACGACGAGUGGAAAGGCUUCGAAGACUUCCUAGCCGAGCAGGGGCAGGGGCUGCAGCAGCCAUGCGCCGAGCCGGCCGAGCAGGGCUGCGAGUUCGUUGUCCCAGGACAUGUUUCUGUCUGCUAA